CCUGAGUUCGAACUCUUGAUGCAUUAAGGUGCCAAAGCACCAGUCCAUGUUAAAACUGAGUGAAGCUUUCACCUAACUACUUCUCCUAGUAGGUGAGUAGCUAAGCUUUGUAGCUUUGCAAAAGAAGAACGAAUGCGUCUAAUUAUCUGAAGAAUUUUGUUUCACUUUAUGAUUACCCUUGUAAACCCUACCUGCAGUUUUUAGCUGCUUUAAUCUCUUUGUUUCACACUACUUUCGAGCUAGACUCAAGCCAUAAGAUUAGAUGCGAGUUAAUUAUGUGUGGCCUCUUCCAUUUUUUUUUUGGGUUUAUUUAAUUAAAGUGUACCUCGCCAAUUGCAUUUUUGUAGAACUUGAAGAGAAAAAUCUGCUAAAUCAAAUCAUAUGUUAUUUAUAGAUAUACAGUUAGAGUUUAUAAAGUAGUGACAUAAAAUUGAUGUAUAUGUGAUUUUCUGUAAACUUGAUAGAUCAUUAGAUUGUUUAGACGUUUGUACAAAUCAAUGUUUCAUUUAUAGCUGCUUAAAUUUUACUGUCAGUGAAAAAUAUAUGACAAUUUACAUAAUCAAUUAUAAAACACCUUAUCGGUUAAGAACAAUCAAAUUUCAUCACUAUGUCAAAGAAGAAACACUAUAAAUCUAUAAUUAUCAACCUGACAUGUUAGUGAAACUCACUUCUUCGCGAUCAUCUUAGCAGAACCCAUAUUUUGUACAUUCUUUAUGAAAUAAUCACAUUUUAAAAAAAUAAAUUAGUUUAUACAUGAGUGCAUGUAGUUACAUAUUUUUAGUUUAUAUAACACAUUUCUUACAUUAGUUGGAAUCUAUUUAAAUCAAUAAUCACGAGACAUUUCUUUUUAGCGAGAACGACAUAUCUGUAAAUAUAGGACCCGCUCAUAAAUGAAAACACCUUCAAAGUUAUGAGCGACUAGAUUCGUGUUUUUUCCUUUUCGAUUUUGGUGAUAACUAGCAAUUACUACUAAUUAAUGACUUAGUUAGCUUCGGUAACGAAAUCACAAAAAGCUAAACACACAUUGAGUAAAAGCUAGAAUCAUGCUUCAGUUUCUUAACACUAAUUUAAAUUCUUCUACACCAUGUUUUUAAGAAAGCAAAACGAGUAGCGCAUUGGCACUUUACCCCCCAUGGAACCGGGAUAACCGGUAUCCAAUUGCCGAGAAAGAUGGAAGCGAAUAUUUAUUAAAUGUUGUUGCCACUAACCCAAAGUCCCAUCACAUUCCCGACGAGACGAUCGAUAAUCUCUUCCUCCUCCGGCGAAGCCUUGUCAUUCCACAACUCUCAUCGCCAUGUCUCCUUAGUAUCUCUCCGUCGUCAUCCUCCAUCCUCGCCGUUUAAUCCAGGCCGCGUUUUGAUUAAUUUUAAGAAUCUAAUCUCCUGUUGAUUCUCCUCCUCUACUCGUGAAGAUUCCGACUCCAUGUAAUGUGAUUUCUUCCGAUCUCUGUUCAUUUCAAUUCGACGGCGAUCGAUCGCUGAGUGAGUUGAUCGGAUUAGUGGAUAGGCUUUGAUCGUAAUUGUGUAAAGUUGUUGUUGUUCGUUGUUGAAGCUUUUUGUUGACUUUGAUGCUGGAUCUCAAUCUCGACCUCGACUCAAAGGAGGUAUCCGGUGCUGUUUUGAAUCAGAUGGAUGAAUCAGUGACGUCUAACUCUUCGCUAGUCAAUGCCGAGGCGUCAAGCUGCAUCGACGGUGAAGAGGAGAUGUGUUCCACACCCGCAGUGAAGUUUCAGUUUGAGAUACUGAAAGGAGGAGGUCGAGAAGAUGAAGAAGGAAGAAGUGAGGUGAUGACUAAGGAGUUUUUCCCUGUUGAGAAAGGUGCGAACUUUGUGGAUUUGAGCGGACAGAGUUCCAGGAGCUCCGUUGAUAUUUCUUUUCAGAGAGGGAAUCAAGGCGGAGAUGCUGCGAGGGUGAUGCAGCCGCCAGCACAGCCGGUGAAGAAGAGCAGGAGAGGGCCUAGGUCUAAGAGUUCUCAGUAUAGAGGUGUUACUUUCUAUAGGAGGACUGGCAGAUGGGAGUCACAUAUCUGGGAUUGCGGUAAACAAGUUUAUUUAGGUGGAUUUGACACCGCCCAUGCUGCAGCUAGGGCGUAUGAUCGAGCUGCUGUCAAGUUCAGGGGUUUGGAGGCUGACAUCAAUUUCGUUAUCAGCGACUAUGAAGAGGAUCUCAAGCAGAUGGCGAAUCUUUCCAAAGAGGAAGUUGUGCAAGUACUUCGGCGUCAGAGCUCUGGUUUCUCCAGGAAUAAUUCAAGAUAUCAAGGAGCUAAUUUGCCCAAGAUUGGCGGAUGGGGAGGAGCUCAAAUGGAGCAGUUAAAUGGAAACAUGGCUUAUGACAAGGCGACAGCCACAAAAUGGAAUGGAAGGGAGGCUGCUUCUUUAAUCGAGCCUCAUGCAUCCCGGAUUAUUUCGGAGACAGCUAAUGUUAAGCUCGACCUCAAUUUGGGAAUCUCUCUUUCACUAGGAGAUAGUCCAAAGCAAAACCUUAACAAUAUUGUAUGUGGAAGGAACUCCAAGAUGGAAAACCACAUGGCUGCAUCGACAUGUGAUACACCUUUCAAUUUCUUGAAAAGGGGUUCAGACCACCUUAUUAACCGGCAUGUCCAUCCUUCUGCGCUCUUUUCACCCAUGGAAAGAACACCGAGGGAGGGUUUUAUGCCAGGGUCUCCCCAAAGCUUCCCUGUUAGGACAUGGCAAGCGCAAGAUCAGCCCAGUGGUGGAACGGCCACAACAGCUACAGCAUCGACACUGCUCUCAAAUGCAGCAUCAUCAGGAUUCUCACACUCAGCUACACGCCCGCCUUCUUCGUCCACUGCUUCUCUUCAUCCUUCUCAGCCCUUCCUCAAUAUGAAUAUUCCCGGUCUCUAUGUCAUCCACCCAUCUCAACACCAGUACCACCAUGACAUUAACCGCUCACAACCACCACCAUAGCGACCUGAUUCCUCCACCACAUUCAAGGUUCCAAACAUCGCUGAAGGUUGGAACAACUCGAACUUUGACUGUGGAAGGCCAAUCCCAAAAAAUAUAUUGCUCUGUAUUUGCCAUUGUUUGCUUCUCAUUCUUCUUUUGAUUUGUAACGUACAAGUCAGGGGGGUAAUUACAAAAUAGAAACCCAAACCCCAUUUGUCAUACUACUAUGAUGUCUCUGAGACGGAUUGAUAACCUUGUUCAAACUCAAUGCAAUAUAUUUGUAUGAAUAUACUGUGAGAAUUUUCCUU